UCAUCCUCAUCCUCUUCCACAUCCUAUUCCCCCUCAUCCUCAUCCUCUUCCACAUAUUCCUCCUUCCCUUCCACAUCCUAUUCCUCCUCCAUAUUAACCUCCUCCUCCUCCUGA